AUGAGAUCCACUCCUACGCUUCCCGUCCGGGUCAUGACCCAUAACAUCCGCUAUGCAACCAACUCUCCAUUCAAGGGGGAACGGCCUUGGGCCGAACGAAGACAAAAUCUUUUGAACGAGUUAAAAUUCCAUUCCCGUCAUUGUAAUGAAACAUUCAUAUGCCUGCAAGAAGUUCUUCAUAACCAACUUGAGGACAUUCGUGCUGGCUUGAACCCAUCCAAUGUGUCUUUGACCCAAGAGUGGGCAUACAUUGGUGUCGGUCGGGAUGAUGGCCACCAAGCGGGCGAAUACUCGCCAAUAUUUUAUCAGCCAUCGGUAUGGGGCUUGCAAUCCUGGGAGACGGUAUGGCUCUCCGAGACUCCCUUCAAGCCCUCGAAAAGCUGGGACGCAGCCUCUGUCCGGAUUGUCACCAUUGGCCUCUUCACUCAUCACAAGACAGGCAAUACAGUCCUAGCCCUGAACACACACCUCGACGAUCAAGGAUCACGCUCUAGACUCGAGGCUGCACGCAUCAUCCUAUCUAAGAUUCGUGAUUACCAGCAGGGUCAAUUCGGGGGUCUGAUCUCAGGGACAUUCUUAUCCGGAGACUUGAAUAGCAAGGAAAAGCAGGAAGCAUACGUGGAGUUGACAGACAAGGGUGGCUUGAGUGAUACCUAUAAGCUGAUCUCCGACAUGCAUCAAUAUGGGAAUCACAACACCUUCACUGGGUUUGGAUAUGGCAAGGAGCCACCAAAGCGGAUUGACUUCAUUCUGCUGGCGCCCGACGGGAACCAGGCCUGGAGAGUUGAUGGGUACUCGGUGAUACCAAACCGGUUCGAUGAUGAGGUCUAUAAUUCAGAUCAUUGCGCGGUGGUCGCCGAUCUCACCUUGGUUGGAUAG